AUGAUCAAGCCAAUACAUAGUAAAUAUACAUAAUAAUGGAGUUGUAACACUAUACAGGGUUUCGUUCUCUUUCGUUUUGUUCUCUUUUACUUUCUUUAACCGGGUCUCGCCGGGUCAUUUCAGUUUCCGUGGCCGGAAUCUGAUUAUGCCCUAUGGCGAAGGGCCGGAAACUGACGCAGAGCCGCAGCGAACGUUUUCUCGGGAGCUACAGUAGCUACAGCCACGCCCAAGAGUCGCCGGAGCUGGCCGAGGACGAUGUGUGGUCGAUGGUGGAGAGCGUGGAGGAGAGGGAGGACAACGAGGUGGACAGCUCUCAGAGCGAGUGGAGUCCACGCGUGGCCGCCGAGACUAACGGAGGGUUUGCGGCGAGGGGGAUCAGAAGCCGGCGGAUAUCUCGGGACGAUGACAACAACGUUAGCGGAGGAGGGCUGUCUCUGGCUUUUGUCGACGACUCUGGAAAGACGGCGUCGUCGCCUCGGAUCGUGCACCAGUUCCGCGGGCAUGACAGCCCACGUGGGCGCCACAUGGCCACGUCACUGCCGAUGAACGUGCCGGACUGGAGCAAGAUUCUCCGGGUCGACUCGGUGGACUCGCUGUACGAGUUCGACGACGGAAUGGACAGCAGCAACGACCCGGAGAUGAUCCCCCCGCACGAGUACCUGGCGCGUGAGUACACGCGCGGCGCGACGUCGGUGUUCGAGGGGGUUGGCCGGACGUUGAAGGGCCGGGACAUGAGGCGGGUGAGGGAUGCGGUUUGGAGCCGGACCGGGUUCGAUGGUUGAGAUCGAUCACUUGGAAGUGUGGACUUAGCGUAGCUCAACAUAGAAGAGGUUUGUUUUAAACUUUUAAUUGUGGGAAAUGAUUUGUUUUUUGGUGUUUUUGAUUUGGGCAAUGAAUGAUUCAACUGAUCGAGUAGAUUCGGUUGCGAGUGAGCCCAAGCAUGAAUUCUGAAUCUGGGAUUUCACUGUGGUGGAUUGAAUUUUGGGAAUCAAUUGCUUAUGUAUUUGGCAACUAUCUAGAUAAAUUUCUCAUUUAGCUCAUCAUACCGCACCAUAUAACAAACAUUGAAGAUCCUAGUGAAAUAGUCGAAGAUCCCAAAUGUAAUAUGUUUUUUUCUGUUAUGAUGAGUACUUUCACACAAA